CAAGUGUUCCCUUAAUUUUUUUGAGCAGUGUUUAUAGUUUAUUCAUUGUUUUUCUAGUUCAUGUAGAAUAAGCAUAUGCAUUUGUUAUGGUUUGCUACUGACUGUUUUACAAGAAAAGAAAGAAAAGAAAGUAAAAUCAUGAUGAAGGUGGGUUUGCAUUUUUUUAGGGCAUACAGCUUAUAGCAAAUGGCACCAUUUUUUAUUUAAUAUGAUAUCCUCUUUGAGGAUACCUGUAGUUCUUAGGUUGUAAUCUGAAUCAUUCAGGGGCCAGCGCAGCAGCACUGCCUGCACUGACUGUAUUUACGCCCCUGUCGCGGACGCAGCAAAGGUAUAGAAAUACAGCUGUAGUCUGGCUGUCAGCGCGUGCAGCUUCCAUCACCCGUGGUGCCAACGGUGCGGAAUAAACACAUUAAAUAUAGUUUCUCUCCGCUUUUCUUUGUUUAUUAGAUGUUAAUUUUUGGUUUACUCGUCGUCUGAAAUGGCGGUGGGCACUCGAGUGUCAGAUUUGCUUUCAAAGCCGGUUAAACAAGUAGCCAGGUAUCCGACGAUAGUGACACGCAGGUGAACUCAAAAUGGAAACAAAAGGGGGUGGGAUACAAUAGCGGCGGCACUGAAAAAUCCUCACGCUAGUCCACAGUCUCUAGUCCACUGUCUUUAUCAUAUCGGGGAAAUAUUUAUGUUAGACUUAGGGUCUUGUUGCGGUCUCUUAUUAACGGUAGUGUGGUGGAGCCACAGAGCGGACUCCCCUCACCCUGUCCACGAGACCCCCUCCUCAGCCCUGACUCACACAUGGAUGCUCAGGGGUAUAAGUGGGUGCGCUGGCGGGUGUGGCUGUGUCGUCUGGCUGCAGUGUUGUCCUUGGGUCUCCUCCUGAUUGUGUUUCACUGGCGCCCGCGGCUUGCUGUCCUUGCCCGCUGCUGCUCCUGCCCUCUGGCUUUGGCAGAUAUUCUGCUAAUAAGAGACAGUUUUGGCCAGCAGCAUGUGGUGGAGAUCCUCACAGAGGAGAUUGAGGACGGCAGUUUGGAGAUGUCGGUCGAGCUGGAGGACAAUGACUGGAGAGAUACAGUUCAGCUGCACAAGGAGGAGAAAACGUUGCUGCGCUACUACCUGUUUGAAGGACUGCGCUACAUCUGGCUGAGCAAGAAAGGAGCUUACUGUCGUGUCAGUGUCCUCAAUGAGGACUGGACCUGCAAGGACCUGUAUGGCUUCCAAAUGGGCCUGAGUCACCUGGAGCAGAGCUUGAGGAGACGCAUGUAUGGGCCCAACCUUAUUGAUGUGCCUGUGAAGCCUUACGGGAAACUGCUGUUUGAGGAGGUCCUCAACCCCUUCUAUGUGUUCCAAGUGUUCAGCAUCAUCCUGUGGACCAUCGACAAUUAUUAUUAUUAUGCCACAUGUAUAUUUAUUAUCUCCAUUUUCUCCAUCUGUAUCUCACUGUACGAGAUCCGCAAGCAAAGCGUCACUCUUCACAACAUGGCCCGGUUAGUCACAAAUGUCACAAUACGAAGAAACUCAGGAGUGGAGGAGUGUGUGAGCUCGGUGGAGCUGGUCCCUGGCGACUGUCUAAUUAUCCCUCAGGAAGGUCUGCUGCUGCCCUGUGAUGCUGCCGUGCUGGCUGGGGAGUGUCUGGUCAACGAGAGCAUGCUCACAGGUGAAAGUGUCCCAGUACUGAAAACCCCACUGCCGGCUGGUGAGGGGAGGUACAGCUCAGAGACUCAGCGUAGACACACCAUUUUCUGUGGUACCCAGCUCAUUCAGGCCAAAGGUGGUGGGCCGGGAGGCAGCGGUGCUGUUGCCGUGGUCACAAGCACUGGGUUUUUCACAGCCAAAGGUAACCUGGUCAGCUCCAUUUUGUAUCCUCAGCCAACAGACUUCCGCUUUUACCAAGAUUCUGCCAGAUUUCUGCUCAUCCUGGGUUGUAUUGCUUUAAUCUCCACUAUUUACAGCUUUGUGGUCCUCUACAGAUCCAAUGCAACCUUGCUGGAGUUAGUGAUUAGGAGCCUGGAUGUUGUGACCAUUGCAGUGCCCCCUGCCCUUCCUGCUGCCAUCACUGCUGGCACUAUUUACGCUCAGCGCAGGCUGAAGAGCCAGGGCGUCUUCUGCAUCAGUCCACCGCGCAUCAACAUCUGUGCCAAGGUCUCACUCUUCUGCUUUGACAAGACCGGAACUCUUACAGAGGAUGGUCUGGAUAUGUGGGGAGUGAUGGAGGGGGGACCAGCUGGUUUCUCCGAGCUGGUCCAAGAGCCCAGACUCCUGCCCCCAGGACCCAUGCUAUCAGGCCUGGCUUGCUGUCACACUGUGACGCUGCUGCAAGGACAGCAUCUCGGAGACCCCCUGGAGCUCAAGAUGCUCGAGUCCACUGGUUGGACACUCCAGGAGCCAGAGGGAGAUGGAAAGGUGCUGGGUGCAGAGUUUGGAGGCCACAGAGUUUUGGCCGUUUUGAGACCUCCUACUCAUUCAUCAAGCGAGGCGGUGGCCAUUGUUCAGAGGUUUCCCUUCUCCUCAGCCCUGCAGAGGAUGAGCGUGGUGACAGUGGCCCACGGCGGAAGCUCAGCUUUUGCUUUCAUCAAAGGAUCCCCAGAAAUGGUCGCUAGCCUCUGCCGAGCAGACACUGUGCCGGCACAGUUCUCCAACAAACUACACAAGUUCUCCAGUGAUGGCCUCAGAGUUCUUGCACUUGCCUAUAAACCUGUAGACGGAAACACUGACUUUAGGACCAUUGAACGAGGGGAGGUAGAGAAAGACAUGGAGUUCCUGGGCUUGCUGAUGAUGAAGAAUCUGGUGAAGCCAGAGAGCGCCCAGGUUAUUAACAUCCUGAGACUGGCACACCUUCGCAACGUCAUGGUCACUGGGGACAACAUUUUAACAGCAGUCAAUGUAGCAAAAAGCUGUGGGAUGGUAGGAAUUGAUGAGAAGGUGAUAUUCGUCACUGCAACCCCCCACACUGCCCACUCCAUGCCCACCCUGAAAUUCACCAUGGAAGAGAGAGGGGCCUCUGCCGCCCAAAGCUCUGCAGAGGUCAUCACUCAGGGCCUGUACCAGGGUGGUUUUGUCUAUCACUUGGCUAUAAAUGGCAAGUCCUUUGCUGCCCUCUGUGAUCACUUCCCUGAGCAUCUGCCAAAGAUUUUGUUGCGAGCCACAAUAUUUGCACGAAUGGCUCCUGACCAGAAAACCCAGCUGGUGAAGGAGCUGCAGAAGCUGAACUACCGGGUGGGCAUGUGUGGGGACGGGGCCAAUGACUGCGGAGCCCUGAGAGCUGCUGAUGUCGGGGUUUCCCUGUCUGAAGCUGAGGCUUCAGUCGCAUCACCAUUCACUUCCAAAACUAACAACAUCAGCUGUGUGCCGCUGCUAAUCAGAGAGGGCCGAUGUUCCCUGGUCACCUCCUUCAGUCUCUUUAGAUACAUGGCCCUGUACAGCCUCAUUCAGUUGUGCACUGUCCUCAUCCUCCUCACAAUGAGGACGAACUUGGGUGACCUGCAAUUCCUGUACUUUGACCUUUUAUUGGUGACUACGCUGGCCAUCUUGAUGGGGAAAGGAGGCCCCAGUAAGGAGCUGUACCCCUCCAGACCCUCAGCCAGCCUGCUGACCCUGCCUGUCGUAGGCAGCCUCUUCAUCCACACCUGCAUGAUUGUUCUGGGCCAACUGGCAGCACUCUUCAUCACCACCUCACAGGAGUGGUACGUUCCACUCAAUUCAACAGUGCAUGGCACAGAAAAUCUGCCCAACAUGGAGGACACCAGCGUGUUUGCCUUGUCAGGCUACCAGUACAUCAUCAUGGCUGUGGUACUCACCAAGGGCUACCCUUACAAAAAACCUCUCUACUACAAUGUGAUGUUCCUCUGUCUGCUGUUUGUCCUCUUCGGCCUGAUGACUUGGCUGGUGUUGUAUCCUGGGCCUGUCAUUGGUAGAGUACUUCAGCUGUACAACUUCUCUGAUAUGGAUUUCAAGUUGCUGCUCGUUGCUGUGGCUGCUCUCAACUUCCUCAUCUGUUUUGUUGUGGAGGUGCUGAUAGACUUGGGUAUCCUGAACUGUCUUCGUUUGCUGUGGAGGAAGCGUCGGUCCAAGAAACAAUAUAAACGUCUGAACCUCCUUCUGUCUGAAUCCCCAUCAUGGCCGCCCAUCAAUCAAACCCUGUACCCCACAGAUCACACAGUCAUCCAAUUUAGCUAGCAUCUGCUUGCCCCUCUGUUGGACACUGUCAGUCACCUGAGCCAAAAAUACUGUGGAUGUCUGAGCUGUUUAUGUAUGUGUUAAUAAAAACUAUUUUUAUGCAAACUUAA